AUGACGUCACCGAGCUCGUCAUCGUCAUCAUCAUCGUCGUCGUCAUCGGCGACAGCGGCGGCUGUGGCAGGUAGGCCGGUUGUUCUUGAUGGCUCGUCGUCAUCGUCGGGCUCAUCGUCGUCGUCAUCGUCCUCGCCGUCCGAGCCCGGACGCUACCUUGGGACGUCUGUGGGGCUCGAGUCGUUUUCGGGCGACGAAGAGUCUGUGACGCUGCCGUCGACGACGCCGGUGGACGUCAUCUUCUCCAACAUGUCGUUUGCGAUCAAGGCGACCAAGGAAACGCCGGAGCGGCGGAUCCUGUCGGGAGUCUCCGGCUACGCGCGGGCUGGGACGCUCACGGCGCUGAUGGGACCGUCAGGCGCGGGCAAGACCUCACUGCUCAACGCCAUCGCGCAGCGGAUUGCAACGUCGUCUAAGAGUGAGCUCAGCGGAAAGCUGUAUCUCAACGGGGCGCGGGCGGAUGGAGACCAGUUCCGGGCGCUUGCCUCGUACACGGUGCAGGACGAUUUGCUGCUCGGCGACCUGUCGGCGUACGAGUCUGUGCUCUUUGCGGCGCGGAUGACGCUCGGCGGCGUGAGCGAUGGCGAGCGGAAGCAGCGGACCAACGCUGUGCUCGACGCGCUCGGCAUCGGGCACGUCAAGGACACGCAUGUGGGCAAGCCGGGCAUCAAGCGUGGCAUCUCGGGCGGCGAGCGGAAGCGGGUCAUGAUUGCCGUCUCGGCCGUCAACGACAAGCCGAUCAUGCUCCUCGACGAGCCGACGUCGGGUCUCGACGCGUCUGCAGCGUACACGGUGGUGGCGCGGCUGCGGGCGCUGGCGCACAAGCGAGCCAAGACUGUGUUGGCUACCAUCCACCAGCCGGCCAUCGACACCUUUGCGCUCUUUGACAACGUCAUGGUCCUCGCCACCUCGGGCCGGGUCGCCUACUUUGGCCCUGUUGACGCCCUCGCCUCGUACUGCUCGACCGUUCUCCGCGAGCCGGUCGGCAAGUACGUGAACCCUGCCGACCACAUCCUCAAGCUCCUUGACCCGCGCGCCGAGGCCAAGUCGGCCGACGGCGCGGACAAGGUCGCCUCCAUUGUCGACGCCUACCAGAGCCAGGCGUCCGAGCUCUCGCUCGAAUGGCCGUCGACGGCGUCUAGCACCGACUCGGACCUCGCGGACGCCCUCGUCGAGACCGCUGCCCAGCCGACGCCUUCGCUCUUUGCCCGCAUGCGCCACCUCGUCGGCCGCUCGCUGACGACUCAGAUCCGGUCCAAGGUCCUCACCCGGGCCCGGAUAGGGCAGACGAUUCUCCUUGGCUGCCUCAUCGGCCUCGUCUAUCUCCAGCUCGACCGCGGCGAGUCCGGCGGGCAGGACCGGCUCGGCCUGGUCUUCCUCAUCGGGUUCAAUCAGUUUGUGCUUGGACUCAUCGGCUCGGUCAACGCGCUCCCAUCGGAGCGCUCGGUCGCUGUCAACGAAGUCAGUGAUGGCAAGUACUCGGCCGGCAUGUACUUUGUGGCCAAGUCCAUCGCAGACACUCCGUUCCAGGUCAUCUUUGCCGCCAUCUUCUCCUCUAUUGUUUACUGGAUGGCCGGUCUCCGCUCCGACGUCGACAAAUAUCUCCUCGCCGUUGUUGUUGUUGUCCUCAUGUCGCUCAUCGGCUCGGCGCUCGGCUUUCUCGUUGCCGCCCUUGCCGGCACCACCGAGGUUGCGCUCGCCAUUGCACCGGCCCUCAUUGUGCCGCUCCUCAUCUUCUCGGGUGUCCUUGUCUCCAUCGACGAGGUCCCGGUCUUCCUCCGCUGGCUUCGGUUCCCCAACCCGGUCCGCUGGUCCAUGGUCGGCAUGGCAACCCAGGAGCUCGAGGACAUGACCUUUUCAUGCCCAGACCGCGCCGGCGGCUCGUGCCUCAUCCCCACUGGCGACGACUUUCUUCGCAUCCAGAGCGUGGACUCGGACGGCGGUAUCGGAACUGCCUUGCUUGUCCUCUUUGGCACGCUCGCCGUCAUCCGCAUUGCCGGCGCCGCUGCCAUGGUCUUUGCCGUCUCGCGUCAGCGCCGCAUGUAGGCCAGGUGCACGCGCGCGUGGUAAAUGAUUGAAAAGGAUA